AAUGCAAAUCCAGUCCCUCACCCUGCUCUAUCACAAAACUCGUGAAAUCAGCAGGCCGUCCAUAUAAGCAUGGAUGCACCGUACCAGUUCAGGUACAUCAACUCUUAGCUUAAGCCUCACUUCUCUCUAUCAAGUAGCGAGCGAGCUAGCCGAGAACCUGACUGAGAGAUUUACACGUCAGUGAGCAAUUAGGAAGGCAAACUGAGGCAGCUAGCGACGCCAUGGCAACGGCGGCAUCGCAGGAGCAUGAGCACCGGGCAGCGGACAACGGCACGACCGCGCCGUCACCCAGUGCCACCAACAGCUGGGGGCCCUACUCUGGUGCCGGCAACUUCGCUAGCAACAUGGCCGUCAUCCUGGCCGCGCUGCUCGCCGCUCUGGCGCUCGCCGUGGCGCUCACCGCCGCUGUCAGGUACCUGCUCCGCCUCCGCCGACGCGGCCGCGCUGGCGUAGCGGUAGGGGACCCGGAGAAGCCCCUUUCCGCGGAGGUGACAUCGCCGCCACCGUCUCUGGUGUACUCGGCGGCGGGGACCAAGCUGGCAGGCGCGGCCGAGUGCGCGAUAUGCCUGGCCGAGUUCGUAGACGGGGACGCCGUGCGCGUCAUGCCGGCCUGCGGCCACGGCUUCCACGCGCGCUGCAUCGAGCGGUGGCUAGCCGGAGGCCUGCGGUCGUCAUGCCCGACGUGCCGCGCGCCGGCUGCGACGCCGCAAACCGAUGGGGCUGCAGAGAUCGCCGCGUCUUGAUGCCAAGUUACAUGCAAGUUUCCCUCUCUGCUAUCCGAAGUUAUCUCCAUCUAUCUAUGUGUAGCAAUUUCAAUGGGAUCGGGAUUUCGAACUGGAUUGUAGAUGAUUCAUGUAAUUGUUGCUCAGUUGGCCCUCUGUUGCAUCAUUUGCAAAUUGCAAGCAACCAUUACCCUGGACCAUGUCAAUCCAGUUUGGAUUAAUCUUAGAAUAGUUCAAUGUUGUGGCUCUGUUUAGUACCUGCCGGGGGGAAAAGUUGUAUCGCAGUACGUUCUUUGCAUUAAGGUAUUAUCAUAUAGGGAAUGUAUCUAAAUUUAAAUGUAUC